CAUUACUGUACAGCCGCUUGGGCUUUGCUUGAUGAGCCGCGCAGUGGAGUGACUGGCUGCUGAAAGUUUAAAUGUUAGCAAAUCCGGCGCCAUUCAUGUACAACUCCUUAUCUUGGUUGUGGGGAAUCACAAGUACUCCCGAGUCGUCCGUCCCCUUGCCGGGUCCCGUCGUGCUGGGUUUAGACUUUGCUUUUCCGGGGGGGAGCUCAGCCCACUAUAUUCCCAAGCAAGCAGGCAAGGUCCUGUUUUGGGCGCCAUGGGCGCCAUGGGCGAUCUCGACCCUUGCCAACGAUCUGCUAAUUAUUACUAUUUUUAUGACUGACUGCUCAACCGUCUCUUCCUGACCUAGAUUACCCAGGUCAUAGCAGGGAACCGUGGUCUCGCAACGCAAGCCAGUCAGUAUACUACCAUGUUGGUUUUCAGGUUCAAUGUGUCAACUUUGGAAACAG